ACUGUUCUCUGCAACAAAUCCUUCUCCAGCUGAAAUGUCAUUUCACGUGGAAUUUAUUUAAGGAAAAGGAUGUCCCAGAGGAUCUGGAAGAGAGAGUGCGUGAGCAGAUUGAAUCUUCAUACUCUGAGUCCAAAGGUACAAUGUACAACUUGUUGGCCUACAUGAAACACUUAGAUGGUCGGGACGAGGAGGCCCUGGAAUGCUUACAGCAGGCUGAAGAGUCACUCCAGCAAGAGCACUCUGACCAGGCAGAAGUCAGGAACCUGGUGACCUGGGGAAACUAUGCCUGGGUCUACUAUCACCUGGGCAGACUCCCAGAAGCUCAGGCUUAUGUUGACAAGGUGAAACGGGUGUGUGAGAAGUUUUCAAAUCCUUUCAGUCUGGAGUGUCCUGAGCUGGACACUGAGGAAGGGUGGGCACGGCUUAAGUGUGGCAACAGCCAAUUAAAAAGGGCCAUAGUGUGCUUUGAGAAGGCUCUGGAAAAACAUCCACAUGACCCAGAAUUUGCCAGUGGACUGGCCAUUGCAAGGCACCGUGAAAGUGAGUGUCCAGCACCUGUGAAUGUCAUGAAUCUUCUGCGUGAAUCCGUUGAACUGAAUCCUGAUAACAUGUAUGUUAAAUUACUCCUGGCUCUGACGCUUCAGAAGAUGAAUAAUGCUGAAGGAGAGAAGUUAGUUGAAGAAUUUUUGGAGAAAGGACCAUAUGAAGCAGGUAUGCUUCAAAAAGCAGCCAAGUUUUUUCGAACUAGAGGAGACCUGGACAAAUCUAUAGAGCUGCUUGAAAUGGCUUCAGAAAUGUUGCCAAACAAUACUCGCAUACACUACAAUAUUGGUUCUUGCUACAAAGAAAAAGUCUUCAAAAAAGUUUGCGGAAAUAAUGAAAUGUGUCAAGAAAGUGACAAAUUAUUACAGUACCAAAUAGAACAAGGUAUAUAUCAUCUUAAGAAAGGUGAUAACCACAGAAAUCCCUCACAGGUCAACCUUCAUCUUGCUUUCCUCUGUAGAAUAGCAGGUGAGUACAAUGAAGCAGAACAUUACUUCCAACAAGAAUUCAAAAAAGAACUUCCUCCUUUAGCUAAGCAAAAUCUCCAUUUACUAUAUGGCAACUUCCAGCUCUAUGAAAUGAAGUGUGAAUAUGCUGCCAUCCACCAGUACAUGGAGGGCAUAAAAAUAAACAUUGAAUCAAAGGAAAGAACACAGAUGAAGAAGAAAUUGCAUAAAAUUGCCGAAAGAAGGAUUUCUAAAAAUAAAACAGAUUCUCAGGCUUUGCAAAUUAUGGAAUUCCUUCAGUAGCAAAAUGAACAAAUAUAGUCAGCAAGUAAAAGCUCUGAGAAGUUUGGUCCUUCAGUAUCUUUAACUGAGAAAAGAAUAUGUGGGAUAUGAUAUCUCCAGAAUAGUUAGAAGAUAACCGAACACCACCCGC